CCAACACAAGUCGAUUUUCGUCCAGGUCAGCAACGCCAUGUGCGCCUUUCUGCUGCGUGAAUAUAUCGACUAAGUUUUAUGGAGUGACAGCCUCUGGUUAGUGGCCUUCAGGAUGAGCGACGAAGCGGGCUUUCGCUGCAAAAAGUGUCGUCGCACUUUGUUCAGCAGCAGCCACAUGGUUUCGUCCCACGGUAACCCAUGGUCUGGUCAUGUGGCCUUUUCGUGUCCAAUCAACAAGGUAGACACCGUGUGGUAUGUCCGAGACGAAAACCUUCCUGAUUGGCUCUUGGAGCAACUGGACAAGGGCGAAUGGGUCAAAGGAAAGCUGUACUGUCCAGAAUGCAAAGCUCGGCUGGGUUCCUUUGACUUUGUAACAGGUGCAAAGUGUGACUGUGACGAGUUUGUUCUGCCUCCCAUACACAUAUCCAAGAGUCGGAUAGACUGUGAUCAGACGCGCAAGAUAGCGUCCAUCCUGGAGCACAUUGUGCAACCGCCAGUUACGCAGUCAGUUACAAUCUCCAGCGAGAUGAGUGCAAGCUGAGUAGUGAGCCAAAACAUCGUGGGACUCUUUUUGCCAAUUCUCAGAUUUUGGUUU